GCAGCCCGCACCCCGCCCAGCCCUCACCAUGCUCCGGGACACGGCACGGGCUCUGGCCCCGGCCCCCCGAGGGAAGGGAGGGGCCGUUAGGCGGAAGCGGCGCUCUCCGCUUCCGGUGGUGGCGGGCGCCAUGUCGGAGGGGCGGCCGCUGCGGCUGCUGGGUCUGCACGGUUACCGGCAGAGCGAGCGCCGCUUCCGCCAGCGCACCGGGGCGCUGCGCAAGGCCCUGCGCGGCCGCGCGGAGCUGGUGGCGGUCAGCGCCCCGCACCCCGUGCCCGGCGGCGAGGACGGGGACGGGGACGGGGACGACCCUCCCCGCGGCUGGUGGUUCUCCGGGCCCGGCACCUUUGAGGCGGGGGAGGCAGCGGCGGCGCCGGCGGGUCUGGAGGAGUCGCUAUCGGCGGUGGCGGCGGCCCUGGCGGAGCACGGCCCCUUUGACGGGCUGCUGGGCUUCAGCCAGGGCGCGGCGCUGGCCGCCAUGGUGUGCGCCCUGCGGGCCCGGGGCGACCCCCGCUUCCCCGUGGCCUUCGCCAUCCUGGUGGCCGGCUUCACCAGCCGCGCCCCGUCCCACGGCCACUUCUACCGGGAGCCCAUCGCCCUGCCCACGCUGCACGUCAUGGGUGACACUGACACCGUCAUUGCUGCCCCGCUCAGCAGGGAGCUGGCCCAGCACUUCGUGGAGCCAGUCGUCCUCACCCACCCCGGCGGGCACUUCGUCCCCACGGCUGCCCCGCAGAAGAAGGCCUACCUGGACUUCCUGGACCUCUUCCGCCACGGACAGGGACAGGCCGAGUCCCCACAGACUGGGGCUGUUUGACAACAGUCUCUAAGAAAUGGGACUCCAGCGAGCUGUGAGCAGCCUGCCAUUUUGGUGAAGCGUGCCUGUGUUUCCGUGCCCUCCAGAGGGGCCAAAGCGCGCUCAUGAGCUUGCUGUGCUGCUCUGUGGCACUCACACAGGGCCAGGCUAAACAGUUCUGUGUUACCUCCCUGGUUCUUUGCAGCUUUGUUGUACGCGUGAGUGCACGGGUAUGGCGAUGAAGGGUUUGAAGACAGGAGGGUGACGCUGCUGUCUGUGUGAGGUGCUUUCAGGGACUUGAAUGGCUGUUCAAAACGGCUCGGCCACAGGAAUUGUCUGCAGAGAGCACAGCUUCUGCAGCUGUUGUACCCCAAGCAUCUGUGGUUUUAAUAUUCCUAGUGAAAGCUAUUAAGCCGACCUUCCUGGGUCUGGUCGGGGUCUAGAAAAUCCUCUUGUCUCUCUGGCAGUGCCAGGGCUGGUGUUCAUUUCAGGAAUGAAAUGUCUGCUGGUUCAGCCUGCGUGCAUUGGGAGACUUCUGUCUUCCCCUCUGUACAAAGUGCCUUCAUGAACAAGAAAAGCUUGUCGCUA